AUGAGAGCUGUUUCGCUUUCAGCAAAGGGGAACCUCUCAAUCCCAUAUUCACCCACAAACCCAGCGCCAUCUUCCGCCCUACGGGUGUUCUCCGACGUCAAGAUACCUCAACCGUCCCGAUCUGGGGAGCUGUUGAUCCGCGUGAACGCGACCACGGUUAUUAGAGACGCCUUAACUUGGCCCGAGACCUACAUUGAAGAGAAGAAGAUACUAGGCCAUGACUUUGCCGGCACUGUGGUUUCGGUGAACGACGAGUCUCAUGACAUGCCAUUCAAGGUUGGGGACGAAGUUUAUGGUAUGACGGAAGGCUCGCGAGCUGGGGCAUGGGCCGAAUAUAUGGUCGUCAACACGGAGGAAGCAUGUGUCAAGCCCUCGCGCCUUUCCUGGGUCGAAGCUGCGGCCGUGCCCCUAAGCGCACUGACCGCUUACCAAGCACUAUUCGAAAAAGCCUCCAUAAGAGCACCAGAUUUCACGAGGCAAGGCCGAGCAUCUGGAACGCACCAGGUCACGGCGAUGAAGGAAGUUCGGAUACUGGUGAUUGGCGCAUCUGGUUGUGUUGGCAACUAUCUUGUGCAACUGGCGAAACUCGCCGGAGCACAUGUGACUGCAGCGUCCAGUUCGAACGAAAGGAACAAAGACUUCUUGUGUGCUCUUGGGGCAGACGACGUUGUUGAAUACAGCGAUUUGACGAGCUCUGGCAAACAAUACGAGGUCAUUAUCGAUACUGUAGGCGGGAGCGUCCUAAAAACCUGCUGGUCUCUCGUUGCGGAUAAUGGGAGCCUUAUAUCUGUUGACAGUGCCAGUUGGAACUUUGUUCGAGAACAUAGGGACUCUGGCGUAGCUCAAGAGGAGGGCAACGUCAACGCGUUAUUCUUCAUAGUUUCUCCUUCAAGGAGGAACCUCGAACAGCUUUCUGCAGCAUUGGACGACGGGCUCCUCAAAGUCUUUGUGGCAAGUACUCUACCUUUGGAGGAUGUUAGACUGGCUUACGAUAUGUCCUCGAGAUUCACUAGUAAGCGAGGGAAAGUCGUGCUUGUGCUCUAG